ACCACUCAGUGGUCAGAAACAUAAUCAAUCGUACAUGUAAUAAAACAUUCAACAAAAUGUCUACAACAAAACGAGUUUCUUUUAAUGAACCGAAGGAGAAAGUUGGACGGUUUGAAGGUAAACAUUCUCUAGACAGUGACGAGGAAAGUGAUGAACAACAAGAGGAGAGAGACCUGAACGUGAGCGAGAAACAGAAAAGAAUCAAAAUGAAAAUUGUUCCAGAAAAGACAAUGUUGUGUUUGGAAUUGUCAAAAAAAGCAAUGAAAACAUUUGUAGCCAUGUUGUUGAGCAACAUGCCAAAAUUAUCGACGAGGCUCAUGUUGUCGAGACAUUGUCAGAAAAUUCAGAACAAACAACAAAUGUCGACAGUAAAAACGAACAAAAAAAGGAAAAGAGGAAGAGGAAAGCAAAGAGAAAUCAAACUGUACCUAUGGAAGAAAGUGAAAAUAAUUAUGCGAGAAUUAUUUUAAAACCUAUUGCUUGGAGAACACCUCCUGCCUCUUUAAAUGGUAACCAUAGCAAUGGAAGAAAGUUGCAACCAAUCAUAGCUCCCCUUCACAAGAGUAAGUCAUCAGCAUUGAACUAAAAUACAUGGAACACUACCUGUAGUAGAAAAGCCUAGUAAUUUUUUAAGCCGAAUUUUACGCCUAGACACGCGUGUGUACUCAAUCA